AUUUGAGCAGGUUGUGAGUGCGUGCUAUACAUGUGAUAGCGGCAUCUGAAGACAGCCUAGAGAAACGAGCUUCGUUUUCUUAUCUGGAGGCUAACGCGUAACGUUACGUUGGAGGCAGGAGCAUCCUCUCCACGAGGAGGCUAAAACUUGAGGACCUAAUGAAAUCGGUGGUAGCAGUGUGCGGCAGGAGUGAUGUAGCCAGCUGCCGGACGGACUGAAUCAGAACUGCACACCAUGGACAUGUCUGACUCUUACUCCGGGACACUUAUCAAAUGAAUCUUGCGAGACGCACGAGUAGGUGUUUAACGGGGAAAACCGAGAAUUGUGAAAGCUAAAUUCACAUGCGUAGGAUACCUCUGGGACUUUUGCAUGAUUCGCCUUCUUAAUCACUUGCACUUAUGUGAGCUGUAGCCUAGUUGUCAGGGACGAAACUUAUCUGCGGUUGACGUAGGCUAUUUGGAGAAUUUUGAUCUGGCGUGAUAAUGGAGUCGUAGGCAACGGAUGCGUGUUUAUUGCAUUGCCAAGACACUUGACACAGCUUAUCAGAAAUUGCAAAGUCGAGAUGUGUUUUCUAGGAUAAUUCUAGCAAUGUUGUAUCGGGCCUAACUAAAAAUGUAUUGCCGCUUUCAAAUGGUCUGGAACGAACAUCGCCCCCCACGCACUGGUAGCCCUGUUCUGUGAAGUAAUAUUUACACAAUGAGAGAUUGUCGGAUAGGUAUUGGUUUGACUAGUUUAUAACUUAGAAAGAAGUCUUAGGCUCAUUGUAAUAUGGGCAAUCGUGGACGAACUUGUGCUAUGGAGUUUGUCUUCUUGAUUGCCGUUACCUUCUUAUGUUGGGAAUCCGUGUGGGCUGACGACAAAAUCAUCACAGACAGACACGCGGUCUUCUGGAACAGUUCUAACUCCAGGUUUUGGCAUGGAGAAUACACUGUGGCAGUCGCCAUCAACGACUACUUGGACGUCUACUGCCCGUACUACGACAGCCCUCAGCCGCACAGCCGCAUGGAGCGCUACAUCCUCUUCAUGGUGAACCACGACGGCUACGCCACCUGCGAGCACCGCAUGCGGGGCUUCAAGCGCUGGGAGUGCAACCGGCCGCAGAGCCCCGAUGGCCCCCUGCGCUUCUCGGAGAAGUUCCAGCUCUUCACGCCAUUCUCCCUGGGCUUCGAGUUCCGCCCGGGGCACGAAUACUACUACAUCUCUUCUCCCCAUCCCAACCACGCAGGGAUGCCUUGUCUAAAGCUGAAGGUUUAUGUAAAGCCAACAGAUGGCUCGAGUUACGAGUCUCCGGAGCCCUUCCUGAUUGACGGGGGCCCGAGCUGGACUGCGCAGGCCCCCUCCCGCCUCUCCCUGGUGCUGGCCUCGCUGCUGCUGCUGCUGCUGCUGCUGGCCUCCGCGUGAAGACCUCCAGCCUGUGACCACUUCUUUAGGCUCCUGUACUCGGGAGCUGCAGAUGCUCCAGCCGCCCUCGCCCUCGCCCUCGCCCUCGCCCUCGCCCACCUCUCCCUCUGCCCUCACUUCCUUCACUCUGUCCGCCCCUCCUCUCCUCUCUCCUCUCCUCCUCUUCUCCCUCCUUCUCUCCUCUCCUCUCCCUCCUCCUCUUCUCUUCUCCCUUGCCGUCUUCUUUCCUCUCCUCUCCCCACCCCUCUUCUCCUCUUUUCUCCCUCCUUCUCCUCCUCCUCUUCUCUUCUCCCUUACCAUCUUC